AUGGAUGACCCCUAUCAAAACAAUGUGAACCAGCAGGUGACAGAGGGAGGAGAGUACACCUACACCCAGGAUGGAAGUGGCCAGGAUGGCUAUCCUUAUCAGUCGGACUACCCUCCGCAAGAUGAGGAUGCUGCUAGCGAUGCCACUGAGGGGGCAGAUGAUGAUGAACAGAUGUACGAGGGGGAGUACCAGGGCGUCCCUCACCCUGAUGAGAUCAAGGAGGCACGGCGGGCAGCUCGGUUGGAGGCCAAGAGGAAAGCCCGCAUGGCUGCCGAGCAGGUAGAGGAGGAGGACAACCUGCCUGACCAGUAUGAGAGCAUCAUGGAGGACUGUGGCCAUGGACGCUUCCAGUGGAUGCUGUUCGUCGUGCUUGGCCUGGCCCUAAUGGCUGAUGGGGUGGACGGCUUCGUGGUGGGUUUUGUUCUGCCCAGUGCUGAGAAGGACAUGUGCAUAUCCAAUGCUGACAAGGGUUUGCUGGGUCUGCUGGUGUAUGUGGCCAUGAUGGUGGGGGCGCUGGUGUGGGGUGGUCUGUGUGAUAAGAUGGGGAGGAGGAAGUGUCUGAUCUACGUCCUGAGCAUCGACCUGAUCUUCUCCUUCCUGUCCUGCUUCGCUCAGAGUUACGGCUUCUUCCUCUUCUUCAGGUUCUGCUCCGGCUUUGGAAUUGGCGGCUCCAUCCCGAUAGUGUACACCUACUUCACUGAGUUCCUGCAGAUGGAUAAACGUGGUGAACAUCUGAGUUGGCUCUGCAUGUUCUGGAUGCUGGGAGGCCUGUAUGCUUCCUUCACUGCCUGGGGAAUCAUCCCACACUAUGGCUGGGGCUUCUCCCUCGGCACAGAGUUCCAGAUGCACAGCUGGAGAUUGUUUAUUCUGGUGUGUCUCUUCCCUGCCCUGGCUGCACUCGUCGGAGUCGUCUUUAUGCCGGAGAGCCCUCGUUUCCUCCUGGAGAACGCCCGGCAUGACGAGGCGUGGAUGAUCCUGCGACAGGUUCACGACACCAACUGGAAGGCCAAGGGCGAGCCAGAGAGAGUUUUCACUGUGACCAACAUUAAGACCCCACAGACACAGGAGGAUGAGUUCAUAGAGAUCCAGAGUGACACCGGCACCGCCUUCCAGCGCUGGACGGUCAGACACGUGACCAUGCUGCAACAGGUGAUGGCUAACAUAAUGUCACUAUCAGCUCCAGAUCUCAGACUGCAAGGCCUCUUCCUGGUCAUUAUCUGGUUCUGCUUGGCUUUCAGCUACCAUGGGCUGGGAGUGUGGUUCCCUGAUAUGAUCAAGUACAUGCAGUAUGAGGAGUACGAGUCCAAGGUCCGAAUAUUCCACCGAGAGCGGGUAGAACGUUUCCACUUCAACUUUUCCCUGGUCAACCAGAUCCACCGUGAGGGAGAGUACAUCCAUGACAAGUUUGCAGAAAUCGAGAUUAAGUCUGUUAAGUUUGAGGAUUCUCUGUUUGAAAACUGCUACUUUGAGGAUGUCAGAUCAACCAACACCUUCUUUGAGAAUUGCACCAUCAAAAACACUGUCUUCUAUAACACAGACCUCUGGCACGAAAAGUUUAAAGACUGUCGAAUGGAGAACACCACCUUCCUCCAUCCGAAGAAAGGCUGCCAUCUGAACUUCCAGGAGGAGAACGACAUAGUCAUCUAUAUGGUCAGCUUCCUGGGCAGUUUGGCUGUGUUGCCUGGCAACAUCAUCUCGGCAUUGUUCAUGGACAAGAUAGGACGGAUCCGAAUAAUAGGUGGCUCCAUGCUGGCGUCAUCUGCCUGUACUUUCCUCUUGCUGCUGAGUUUCAGUCAAGGAGCUGUAAUAUGCUGGCAGUGUCUCUUCUAUGCUGUUAGCGUGGCAGCCUGGAAUGGAGUAGAAGUCAUUUCAGUGGAACUCUACCCCUCCUCUAAAAGAGGGACAGCGUUUGGUAUCCUGAAUGGCAUCUGUAAGUUUGCAGCCAUCAUUGCCAGCUUUAUCUUCUCAGCCUUCAUUGGCGUCACCAAGAUCAUCCCCAUCUUCCUGGCCUUCGCCGCCCUAGUCUGCGGAGGUCUUGUGGCUCUCAAACUGCCCGAAACCCGGGAGAAAAUCCUCACUUGA